AUGGCGCAGACACAGGCAGAACCCAUAAUGGCACAGGCACAGACGGAAUCCAUCAUCGCCGCCCUUCACGACUUCAUUCAGCAAGAGCGCAAGCGCAACUUCCAUUUCCUAGACCGUCAUAGUCACCUCUACAUGCAACAAGAAGAACUCCUUAUAGUCACUCAGGUCAACGCAGAUGAUGUGGAAGACUUGCACUCGAUACGCGCCGCUGAGAUGGCUGGCAUGAAGGACAAGUUGUUCAAAUUGUUCGAACCGCUACGAGGCAACGAAUCUGAGCGCGUCGUCGCUGUUCUAAUCCGUCCUGGCGACGCCGUCGUUGUCGAAAACAUAGUCAUUGUUCAGUUUGGUCUGACAAACAAUCACGUACGACAAGAGAGGGCAGUUGAUUGGCUCAGAUUUACCUACUGCGGCGAUGAUGACAAUGGUACAUGGGCUAUGCCGUCUUCUGAGGAGCAGUACGGCGAGCAGUAUCUGUGGUGGAAUAGUACCGGUCAGACGUUUCGGUUCCUUGAUCUCCCUGCAGAGUUGCGUGCGAAUAUCUGUCUUCAAAGCCUGGGGCCCGUCGUGGUACCCGAUCGAAUCGCGGCCAGAUGGCAUUACAAGGACAGACUCACCCUGGGCAGUGGUCUGAGUAUCGGCGACAGCAACCGCUUUGGUAUCACCCGCGACCCAGAUAUCGAAAGCCCAAACCUCUCCAUCUUGCGUGUUAACAAGCAGAUCCACCAAGAAGCCAGGGAGGUCGCCAUGCGCGAUACAACAAAGCGCUUCAGCUUCCUCCGCGGCCUCCGCACCGGCCCCCACACAUCCGUCAACCGCAUCUUCAGGGCAGCCGUAAACUUCCCCCCAGACCCAAAGUUUCUGCGAAAAGUCCAACUGGAAAUGACUGCCGCGCAAUACUUUGCCUUCAUUGGUUACGUGCCCAAGAAAGAGGACCCUUUCGCCCGCACUCGAACUACUUUCGUAUCCUUCUCCGCUCUCCAAAAUUUCAGGAACCUCGCCACUCUGGACUUCCGCUUCAUCUCGCCCAAACACCCCAGCGCAAAAUGCCCUUUUGUAGUCAUCUACGAUAGAAUGUUCCCCCUCGAACACUCCUGCCAGAAGAAAUGGAUCGACCUCUUCUUCACCCUGGCCUUCGACACACUUCGUACACUCAUCACCAGCAGGCCCAUCACGGUCACCACAUCGGGUUGUAUCAAGACAUCCUCAAAGGUCUACUGGGAACACGUAUUCAACGACAAGAACGAGGACCACACUGCCGAGAUUCAGGGUAUGGAGGAGCGGGCGCGUAGGAACAAGAACAACAACGACGAGCCAUUGGAAUGCGAGUGUUCUUAUCCUUGCGCGGGUGAUUUGGAGCCGGGUGUGAAGUUAUUCGAGUGUGAGGACUGGGUAUAUAAGCGGAUUGAGGGCUUGCAUGAGAUGAGGGAAGGGGUUUACUGGGGGUUUGAUGAUUAA